UGAGAGUUUCCAGACCGAGCUUAACAGGUAUAAUUCAUUGUUGAUAGAGGUGAUAACUGCAGGUGGCAUUUGAGGUGCGAGUCUGUCGGAAAAGAUGGGGCACGUGCGCAAGCAGUUGCAUCUGCCGCUUGCUGCUGUUUGUAUAUUGCUGGGGGGGUUGGCGGGUGCGCAGCUGGUCAGCAGGAUAACCCCCUAUGCUGGAAGCAUCAAUGGCGGAACGAGACUGACGAUAGAGGGUGAAGGUUUUGCCAGUCAGUUCAGUUUAAAUGCUGAUGACCCAAACCUUGGCAACAGUGUGAUUCUGGUGUCUCAGACAAGAUCUAUUCCCUGCAAUGUCGAAACAAUCAGUCACUCCAAACAGAUCAUGUGUUUUACAAGACAUCUGCCAGAAGAUAACUAUCACAUACAUGUCAGUGUGGAUGGUGUGCCUAUUCCUGCAAGUCAAAUGUGUAAUGGCGUCUGGUGGGGGUGGUGGUAUAGCGACUGCAGGUUCCAGAGUAGAAUGUACAAUACACCGACCAAAAAGAGUAUUAGCCCACUGUCAGGUCUUCCAGGGACUGUGGUUACAAUGAGAGGAAGAAUUAUUACUGAUGUGUAUGGAAACAAUAUAGACAGAAGUUCCAAUGGUCGCAAUACAAGAUUUGUGAGUUUUCUCAGGGCAUACAUGGGUGGCAUGCCUUGUGAACUACUAAAACCCAAUUCAGAUGAAAAGUAUGGCCUGAAAUUGGACUAUGAAAGGGGUAGCUGGGGAUACAUGAGUUGCAAAAUGACAGGAACUUAUGUUGGUCAUCAUAACCUAAGUUACAUUCUGGAUGGUGAAUAUGGGAGGAGUCUACCAGACCAGAGGCUUUUCAGUGUUUCUGCAUUAAACAAGCUUGCCAUGUUCCAGACAUAUGCAGAGGUGACAGGAGUUUCUCCGUCUGAGGGCAGCGUGUUGGGCGGCACUUUACUCACCAUUCACGGACGCUACUUUGAUGAGACCGACCGGCCAGCUGUGGUUUUAGUAGGAGGUCACAAGUGUCAGAUUCAGAAUGUAUCAGAUGAGAAGAUAGUCUGCAUGACCCCUGGUUAUAAAAGGACCAACAUGACAGUGUUUCCAGGCAGCAGAGGAUUACAAAUGGAGAUGUGGAAUGACACUUAUACAGACAAUCUGGAGGACGUCCUGGACUACAAUGCCAGCAGACCGGGUUAUUCUGUACAGUGGGUGGAUUCUCUGUCCUAUGUGUGGCCCACUGCAAUGAAUGACUUUGUGGCUCGACUGCGUGGUUUCUUUGUUCCGACGGAGACAGACAACUACUACUUCCUAAUCAAUGGAUACAGUUACAGUUAUUGCCUGUUGUAUUUCAGCAAGACAGGUGUUCCCCAGGAUAAAGUUAGGAUGGCACCGGUUUACUCCUAUUACUCCCAUUACUCCCAGGGAUCAGAGGUUAUGCGCUUAGAGAAGGGAAAAUCGUACUACAUUGAGGUUCUAGUGCAGGGAUAUUAUUCAGUCGAAGUGGGCUUUUUCAAAGAGAUCAGCCCGUUCACAGCCCAGCAGACAAGAGAAGCUGUUCAAGAGAAACAGCAGAUAAUCGCCAUCUAUGAUAUCUUUCCUGAGAAACAGGUGGUUAGUUUCGAAGGAUGGACACCAGUAAGCGCCACCCAAGAGGUGCAGACUAUGAGAAUCCGCAGUAACUGCUUUUCAAUGGUCUUCUGUGACAACACAUAUUACAUCCUGGCAUAUGGAAAUCAUAAAACAGGGCCGAUUCCAGUCAGUGCAUCAGCGCUGGAGUUGCAGAAAGCUCUGAAUAAUUUGUGGACAAUAAAACCAGACACAGUUACAGUCAAGAAGGAGGAACUGAGCACAGAAGCACUUUACAAUAUCACAUUCAACUCAAACAGAGGUGACUUUGAGAAUCUUCAAUAUUUGACCAUGGGGUCAGAUGUGUACAUCACAGUUACUGAAGUAAUCAAAGGGAAGGCCAGUCUUGAGAAUUUCACACUUCUGUGGGGCGGCGUCCCAUCACCUCCUCUGACUUAUAAUGCAUCUGAGACUGAGGUGCUGGAAGCAAUAAAUGUGAUGAUCUCAGCAAAAUGUCCAGAACAGAUUCCAACCACUGAGAACAUGAAUGUGAAGUAUUUUCGAGAUUAUGAGCGUGGUAGAGCAUAUUACGGAUACCGGGUCUCUGAUUCUGAAGCUUUCUGUGGCCGUUGGUCUCUAAGAAACCCAUAUUAUAUAUUUCAAUAUUAUGACACCCCAUACAGCCCAGUGACACUACAGACAUACAAUAAUCUCUGCUUAGCCUACAAAGGCCGUCUGGCGAAUGAACUUGGAAUGUAUUUCAGUUACCAAAGCAGCGAUGGUUAUUACGAGCAGAUGAACACACAAAUCUCUGUGCAGUUUGACUCAACGGAUGAGUGGAAAUACAAGUGUGUGGACCUACUGGAUUCCAUUUCGCAAAGCUUUAUAGGCUCUGACUACAAACUGCUCUGGCUCAGUGUGGCUGGAGAGAGCGCUAACUCUGUGUACUACAUAGAUACUGUUCACAUUGGACGGGCAGUAACUGCUUUGGAUCCUUCUGUUAUAAUGCAGAGAAGUCCACCUGCUCUUGGCAGCUCAGGACCUUUCUUUUCCAGUAUUUAUGUGCGCAAACAAGCAAGCGCUUCACAAAUCAGUUAUGAGAUCACAGCAACGCCAUACUACUGUGGCUUUGGCAUCCCAUUGCUUGAAAUCAGCUUUUUGCAGAAAAUGCCAAACAGCACAGAGGACCUAGUGAUUCAACGUCAGGACAAUGCCACAGUCACUAUUAGCCGUGUUCACAAAGCCAGUCCACCUCUUACUGGAACCUUUGACAUUGCAAUUUUUGGUCGACGUGUUGAGGGUCUGCCAGUAAACAUCAGUGAUGUAAACCUGCAGUACGCACUACAGGGGAUCCCAGAGCUCGGCCAGCUGGAAGUGCAGAGAUAUGGAGAUUGUAGAGGCUACACGUGGGACAUCCACUGGCUCACCGUCCCAGGCAAUCAGCCACUGUUAGAGAUUAAUUCCUCUGCCGUGGUCGGCGUGAACCCUUCAGUGACCUCACAUGAGAUCGAGCAAGGAGGCAUCUUUAAACACAGAAUUACGGGAGACUUUCUGCGUAUCCCUACAGAUAAACCACAGGUGGAGGUUUUCAUCAACGGCAUCCCAUCAUGGUGUUCAGGUGAUUGUAGUUUCACAUGGAGUGAGUCUAAGACCCCAACAGUGACAGGAGUUUCUCCUACAGAAGGUUCCAGUGGUUCGGCAACUGUUCUUAACAUUACCAGAUCUGGAUUUGAUGGUGGCAAUGUCACAGUAAAGACGGGUGAAGUGGAAUGUUCUGUUCAAGAGGUCUCAAGUACUUAUAUAACCUGCAAAGUUGGCCCAGCAAGUGCUGGCAUCCAACCAGUGUCUCUGAGAUUCUCUGGCCUGGGCAAUGCCCGAUAUGACAAUAGCGGGGGUUUUAACUUCACACACCAGUUAGGAGUGACCUCCAUAUACCCCACCACAGGAAGUACAGCAGGAGGAGCGAUUCUGACUGUGUUUGGUUAUGGAUUCAGUAUUAAUACAGCUGUCACCAUUGGCACUCAGCCGUGUAAUGUUACUGAAGCAGAAUUUACUCAGUUGAAAUGCAGAGUUCCUGCUGGGUCAGCAGGUCAACAGACUGUAACAGUGACCAUGGGAGAGAUGUCAGCAACAUCAGAUGAAUCCUUCACAUACAACAACAUUCUAAUGGCCACCAUCACUGCUGUCAGCCCCCACACUACAACAGUAUUCGGGCUCAGGAUUCUCACUAUCCAGGGCACAAAUUUUGAGAAGCGGGUUAAUGGCAGCUCUGUUCUGGUUGGUGAGACUGAGUGUGAAUUGUUGCAGUGGACCAAUGAAAACAUUACCUGCAUGCUGUCCAAACUCACUCCAGCUGUAUACGACAUCCACGUGAGAGUCGGGAACCAAGGCUACGCCAGAACCAGUGCUGGUGUUAGUCCCACCAUAGAGGUUGUUCUGAAGGUGACAGGCUUCUCUCCACCAAUGGGCUCUUUGUAUGGAGGAACCACCAUCACCAUCAGAGGCUCUGGGUUCAGCUCGGUCCCAUCAGAGAACAACGUGACUCUGGGAGACACACAAUGCAAGAUAACAGACGCUUCAGACCAACAACUGAUGUGUGUGACCCAGCCUACUGAAAAAAUACACACUGUGACAAACCAAGGUCUCCACCCUGUGUACGGUCAGGGUUACGCCUGGAGCCCGUCUGCACUUAUGGUCUCAGUUGGGGACACAGUGGUUUGGAGCUGGGAGGCACCGGCCUUUGUCUCUGAUCUGGGCUACAGGGUCUUCAGUGUGUCCAGUCUCAGCAGUACUGAUUAUGAUAAUGAAGGCAUUGUUUUCAACAGUGGAGACAACAAAACUGCCAGAGGGUUUUUCAGCUAUCGUUUCACAUCUCCUGGAGUUUAUUACUACAGCAGCGGCUACAUUGACUCUUAUAACUAUAAGAAACUACAGGGCGUAGUGACCGUCAGACCUCUGGAGGAGAGAUCUGUUUGGGUUCAGGUGUCUGUAGCUGGAAUACAGGCCUCUGUGAAUUUAGCCUCAAGGCAGAUGAACUCAUCUGAGUCAGAGUAUGUGGUCAUUUCUGACUGUGUUCGAGAUCAACUGGAACAGAAUGGUACUUCUGAUGGUCUGUACUUCAGUUUUACCUCCUGUGCCAGUCCCACUGUAAAUAACAUUACUCCUAACCACGCCACCACCAAUGACAUCAUCACCAUCCAGGGAUCUGGCUUUAGCAGCAUCUCCUGUGCAAAUGAGGUCAAAGUUGGAAAUCAUCCAUGUCGUGUCAUCAAAAGCAUCUUCAAUGAGAUUAACUGCAAACUCAGUCCUGACAGCGGCGCUCCAUUGGGCACCCUCCUACCCAUAACCGUCCAUGUCAACAACGUGGGUACAGCCAUCAUGACAAUGCCGAACGAGAACGACCGCAGAUUUGUGGUUCUACCUGUGGUUGAUUCUGUCUCUCCCUCUGUGGGCAGCACGACCGGCUACACACGUCUCUCCAUCUCUGGCUCUGGUUUUGUGAAAGCAUCUGUGAUGGUAGCAAAUGUUCAAUGUAAUGUAGUUUCCAUGAACUACUCACAAAUAGUGUGUGACACCUCACCGUCUUCGGCCCGCAGGGGAAACGUCACAGUCUAUGUAAACACCAUCUCUUCCUCUUGCAGUUCUGAGUGCAUGUUUGAAUAUUCUCAGUCUGUUACACCAGUUGUCUCCAGCGUGUCACCUGACUCUGUUACUGGAAACUCUACUACUGUUGUGGUCACUGGCAGUGGCUUUGGGAACAAUAAAGCCGAUCUAAGGGUAUCUGCUGAUGACAUUAUCCUGGAGGUCACACAGAUCACAGAUAACAUCAUCACACUUUUGGUCUGUGCCCUGCCCGCUGGCGAACAUGCCCUAUGGGUGGUGGUGAUGAGUAAAGGUCUCGCCACAGGACUCUUGACCCUGACCAGCACACCACAGGCCACCAUCCAACCAACAUCAGGAAGCAUUGCUGGAGGAACUACACUCUUGAUCGAAGGAAAUGGCUUUGUGGAAGAUAAUACCACUGUGAUGCUUGAUUACGUCCCCUGCCAGAUUUUGGAAGUGACCCCAGACAGAGUGAAAUGUUUAACACCUCCUCAAGCAGAGGGAGAAGUGCGGGUGGAUAUUUGGGUGUAUGGUGUUCAGUACCCACAACAAAGUUUCUACUACACCAUUGAACAAACUCCAGACAUCAUCUCAGUGAGCCCUGCAACAGGUCCUGUUGGAACACAGAUCAGCAUCUCUGGUUCAGGCUUUGGCACAGAAGCAGCGCUCGUCUCAGUGAACAUUGAUGCUGUGGGAUGUAAUGUGACAUCCAUCACAGAUAAACAGCUGAUGUGCACUGUUGGGGAACACGCAGGAGGAACGUUUCCAGUUAGGUUAUAUCAUCAGGUCAAAGGUCAUGCCUUAUCUCAGUCUGUCUUCAGCUAUGAGCUGCUGCUGAAAAGGGUCACACCAAACGAAGGAAGCUAUGCUGGAGGAGCUGUUGUUGCCAUUCAAGGCUCUGGAUUCGACCCAAACACCACCAGAGUUCUCAUCUGUGACAGAGAAUGUAACGUGGACCUGCAGAACUCCACAUCUAACCAACUGUACUGUGAGGUCCCGUACAACAAUGGGAAUGAAACAGAGCAGGUCUGCAUGGUUUCAGUGAUGAAUGGAAAUGAUACAGUCAACAUCACAGCCGGCUACACAUACAGAUCCUCUUUAACCCCUGUGAUCACUGACGUCACACCACGCAGGGGAGGAACAGCUGGAGGAACCAGACUCACUAUUACAGGCUCAGGGUUCAGCACAAACUCCAGUAAAAUUAAUGUGACUAUUGCGGGAUCUGUCUGCGACGUCCAGUCAGCCAAUGAGACACAGAUUAUAUGUGUGACCAAAGAACAACCAAAAUCCCAGGAAACUAAAGUGCGAGUCCUGAUAGGAAACAGAGGAAUCGCCAGAAUGGAACGUGCUGAUUUCUUCUACAUUGACGUGUGGUCAUCUCCCUAUACAUGGGGUGGUCUCUCUCCUCCUGAGAAGGGCACAUUUGCUGUAAUCACUGCUGGUCAGACCAUCCUGUUGGACACCAGCACCCCUGUCCUAAAGAUGCUCCUUAUCCAAGGCGGGCGGCUGAUUUUUGAAGAGGCAGAUAUUGAGCUACAGGCGGAGAACAUUCUGAUCACAGAUGGUGGAGCUUUACAGAUCGGCACAGAGCAGCAGCCCUUCCAGCAUAAAGCCAUCAUCACACUGCACGGACACCUGCGGUCUAAAGAACUUCCUGUCUAUGGUGCCAAGACCCUCGCUGUCAGAGAGGGAGUGCUGGAUCUGCACGGAAUCCCAGUACCUGUAACGUGGACUCGUCUUUCUCAGACUGCACAAAGUGGCUCAAGCACUCUGACACUGAUGGAUGCCGUCACCUGGAAGGCUGGAGAUGAAAUUGUCAUUGCUUCCACAGGGCACAGACACAGUCAGAGAGAGAACGAGUUGAGGAGAAUUGCUUCAGUUUCACAUGACAGUAGGACCCUCAAUCUGACCGAACCCCUCACCUACACUCAUCUGGGUGUGUCAGUCAAUCUGCCUGAUGGGACUGCUUUUCAAGCAAGAGCAGAGGUGGGACUUCUUACCAGAAACAUUGUUAUCCGUGGAUCCAACAACCAGGAGUGGAAUGAUCAGAUACCAGCUUGCCCUGAUGGAUUCAACACAGGGGAAUUUGCAGUCCAGACAUGUUUCCAGGGGAGGUUUGGAGAGGAAGUAGGAAGUGAUGAGUUAGGUGGCUGCAUCAUGUUCCACGCACCACAACCAAACCAAAACCUGGCAAUUGGAAGAAUUGAACAUGUUGAGAUGUUUCAUGCUGGACAGGCGUUCCGUAUGGGACGCCACCCAAUACACUGGCAUCUAAUGGGAGAUGUUCAGUACAAGUCAUACGUGCGUGGCUGUGCCAUCCAUCAAUCAUACAACCGUGCUAUAAACAUCCACAACACUCACAACCUGCUGGUGGAGCGCAACGUCAUCUACGACAUUAAGGGUGGAGCCUUCUUUAUCACAGAUGGUACUGAGACAGGAAACAUCUUGCAGAACAAUUUAGCAGUAUUUGUGAAACUGAGCACACGUUUGCAAAAUGAUGAUGUGACUCCGGCUGCAUUCUGGGUAACAAACCCAAACAACACCAUUAGACAUAACGCAGCAGCCGGCGGGACUCACUUUGGAUUCUGGUACCGCAUGAAUGAUCCUGAUAUUCAAUCUUAUUAUACCAUCUGUCAGAAGAGAGUACCACUUGGGCAGUUCUUCAACAAUACGGUGCAUUCUCAGGGCUGGUUUGGGUUGUGGAUCUUCCAAGAGUAUUUCCCAACGCAGAAUGGUUUCUGCAACUCCUCAACACCAGCACCAGCCGUCUUCCGCCGUCUGACGUCCUGGAACAAUGAGAAAGGAGCUGAGUGGGUGAAUGUUGAAGCUGUGCAGUUCAGUGAGUUCCUCAUGGUCAAUAAUGAGAAAGCAGGAGUGGAGGCCAAGAGGAUCAUUAAGGAAAAUGUCAGUGGAUGGGGGCUGGAAGGAGGUGCAGCUGUGGUAAACAGCACUAUUGUGGGUCAUGUGUCUGAGCUUGGAAAUGAUUACUGCACCACUCAUGGUAUUGUUCUGCCCCUGGAUGAUGGUUUCAGUGUUAUCAACACCAAGUUCAUGAGCUUCAACCGGUCAUCUUGCGCAGCUGUCGGGGUGGCAGAAAUUUCUGAAACCUGCACGUACCACUGUGGAGGCUGGAGCGCCAGAUUCAGUGGAAUCCAAUACUAUCAGUCACCCAACAAGGCCAGAUUCAGAUGGGAGCACGAGGUGGCGCUCAUAGAUACUGAUGGAUCCCUGACAGGUAACAUGAACUCCAAGGUGGUGCCGAUGAGUAACCUGCUCGACCCAAGUCACUGUUCUCAAGCAGCGGAUUGGAGUGUUGGCGUCCCUGGAGCUGUAUGUGACAACACCACUAACUUCCACCGGCUGGUUUUCUACAGUUCCUCGUCAUCUUGGCUUUUGGCUAACAAUGCGAUUCUCACCAACUCAUUUGGGUCAUGUGUGCUUAACUACACAGAUGGCUGGAUGGCACUGGUGCCUACAGGCCAAACAUAUAACUGGGAGUUUGAGCGUGAUUCUCAAAUCAGCAGCCUGUCAUAUUAUGGAACGAUCUACGGCUUUAAGCCAAAGAAUUACAUUAUUCUGAAUCACAACUUUACUCGAGCGCCAGAUGCAUUCCACAUUAUAGAUCACCGAAAAGGUUCGUCUAAACCCCUGGACCCUGCUGUGAAUGUAAAUGGGGACUGGUACUUCAACGAGUUAACAAAGAGCGUCUAUUACCUGGUGUCUGGAAGAGACCAUGUAGCUAGCCGGCGGAGGAGAAACAGUGAGGACCGGUCUCUUAUAGACAGAAAUAUACACUUCUUCUCGUAUCACUGUUACUAUCCAAAGUGUAUCGAACCAACACAACCUCCACACCGUCCAACUUCUCCACCUGGUCUCCCUGGUCCAAAUGUUACAGCAGAUCUACCUGGUAUACUUUUCCCAUCAUUCCCUUUAGCCUCUUUGCCCAGCCCCAGACCUAUGGACCAUGGAUGUACUCUCUGGUCAAAUUCGUUAUUUUGGAUGUCAAGCCCCGAAAACAACUUUGCUGUACCAAAAACAGGCUCUGAUGUGGUCAUUCCAAUAGGCACGUGUGUGAUUGUAGACGUUGUAAUUCCUUCCCUGAACAAGCUGACAAUAUCUGGAGUUCUGGUGAUUCCAGACACAAAUAAUGGCACCUCCAAUAUCAGUGCUUCACAAUUUAACAACGUUGUUCUGAAUGUUACGUACAUCUCCAUUCAGGGUGGACAUUUGAUCGCUGGACAGUUUGAUGAACCCUUUAGAGGUGAACUACAGAUUAUACUGAGAGGAAACUAUCUCACACCAGAUUGGGAGUUGCCUAGAAUAAAUCAAGGGUCUAAAGUGCUGGGUGUGUUUGGGUCUCUUGAUCUAAAUGGCAUGCCACACAAUGUGUAUCACACUAAACUGGCUAGAACAGUCCAGGCAGGAAACAACACGCUCUUUCUGGAGGAAGCUGUUGACUGGAAGGUUGGAGAUAAGAUUCUUCUGUCCACCACUAGUUAUGACCCAUGGCAAACAGAAAUCCGCACCAUAACUGCAGUGUCAGAUUAUGGUCACACACUGAUUCUGGACCAGCCUGUAACAUACACACACAUCGGACAAAGGUAUAAUGUACCAGGAUCUUCUAGAAGCUAUCAACUUGCUGGAAAUGUGGCUCUUCUGACCAGGAACAUCAAGAUCAUUGGACAGGAAUAUCCAGAAAUGAACACACAGUCUUAUGGAGCAAGAGUGCUGGUGGGAACCUUCACAGAAAGAGGAAUAACAUACAGAGGAAAAGCCCAGAUCAGAAACGUUGAGUUCUACCACACAGGACAAGAGGGAUGGAACGACCCGUCAGACCCGCGCUACUCUCUGGCAUUUUUGAACCUGGGAAAUGUGGUGGAUGAGUCCUACAUCAAGGGAUGUGCUUUACAUGAUGGCUUCGCUCCUGCUAUUGGUGUGUUUGGAACAGAAGGACUGAAUAUCGAUGACAACGUGAUCCAUCACACUGUUGGAGAAGGAAUCAGAAUAUGGGGUGAUAACAGCGCUGUCCGGAGAAAUCUGGUUACUCUGACACUGUGGCCAGGAUCCUACAAUGGUGCAGCGGAGAGUACGAACACUGAAUGGAAUGCAGCCAUUGAGGUUAAUGAAGCAACCAACGUGAUUCUUCAAGGGAAUAUUGUUGCUGGUUAUGAACGAGCGGGAUUCAGAAUAAAUGGAGAACCUUGUCCAGAAUCAGGUUCAGUGGCACAAUGGAGUGAGAAUGAAGCACAUGGUGGUCUGUAUGGAGUUUACAUGAAUAAAGACGGACUUGCUGGUUGCUCUCAAAUCCAGGGUUUCACCGUCUGGAGGAGUUUUGAUUUUGGCAUUUAAAUUCAAGUCUUUAUGAAUGUGUUCAUUUCUAAUGUGACCCUGGUUGAUAAUGGAAUGGGCAUCAUGCCUAUUAUUUACAGUCCUCCCUCAAUCAGCCAUGAAUAUGCAGACAAAACCGUCCAUGUACAGGGGUCUCUGAUUGUGGGCAGCAACCCCAAUUUCAACUGUUUGGACACACUGGCAACAACUGAGACCUAUGUUUCACUCAGUGCAAGCCACAGAGCACCACGACCCCCUAAAGGAGGCAGGUCUGGUAUUUGCUGGCCAACAUUUGAAUCUGAACACAACCAAGCACCACAAAGAUCUCACAUCGGACUCGUGAGCUAUAAUGCCAUAGCCGGUUUACUGACGG